AUGACAUCUCCAGUGUUUUCUCUCUUUCUCACAUGUUUGUUCUUGGGGGAAAUGGCUCAGACGACCGGUCCGAAAUCCUCAACUGUUCGUCAAGAGACACGAUUUGUAUCAGUUAAAACUGGGGAGGAGUUGACUUUGAAAUGUUUCUAUGAAGGUGAUGUCGCUGUAAUGCUUUACUGGUACAAACAAACUCUGGGACAGAAACCAACGCUCAUCUCUACAUAUCAUAAAUAUAAUGUGAAUUUUAUUUUUCAUGAUGAAUUCAAGAACAAUUCACGCUUCACACUGGAUAUGGAAAAUGGUAAAAAUCACCUAAAGAUCACAGAUUUGCGUGUUUCAGACUCGGCUACUUACUACUGCGCAAGUAGUGAUACAUAUACAUAUAUUUUUGAAUUUGCGGAGGGAACCUUAGUCGAUGUAGAAGGUUCAGGUUUGAAGGUCCCAGCUACGGUCCAUCAGUCAGCAUCUGAGAGCAUCCAGCCAGGAGGCUCUGUGACUCUGGACUGUACAGUACACACUGGGACCUGUGAUGGAGAACACAGAGUUUACUGGUUCAAGAACUCUGAAGAAUCUCAGCCAGGACUCAUUUACACCCAUGGAGGCAGGAAUGAUCAGUGCGAGAGGAAACCCAACACACAAACACACACCUGUGUCUACAAGCUGCCGAUGAAGAGUCUGAAUCUUUCUCAUGCUGGGACCUACUACUGUGCUGUUGCCUCAUGUGGACACAUUCUGUUUGGAAACGGGACCAAGCUGAAGUUUGAAGAUGAGGUGGACUCUUCUCCUUUAGUGUAUUUCUUGAGUGCAGCUUUGGCUUUCACCACCAUCCUGAGCGUUUUACUGCCUUUCGUAAUGUACAAGGUGAACAAAAGAAACAGCUGCCAAACUGCAGUAAACCACGCAACAUUUCCAUCUCCCUCCACAGCGAGUGCAGAGGGUUACCAAGAUGCAGACAACCUCCAUUAUGCUGCUUUAAGUAUCAACCUGCCCAACAGAUCGAGAAGACAGCGGAAUAACAUCAACGAUGAAUGUGUGUACUCCAGUGUCAAGCAGUAG